AUGUACUUACCAAUUUUACUAUUAAUAUCUACUGUCGUUGCAGACAUAAAUAUUUUUGCCAAUCCACUUGAUGGAACAUCAAAAAUAAACAUUGGAUCGAUAAUUGCAACUGAAUCCAACGAGUUUAAAUUCAAUCAAGUCAAUUCAUUAUCUGCGAAUAUCGAUUACUGCGUUGGGACUGAAGAUUUAGCUAACCAUGAAUGUUUUGGAUAUGUUGAGGCUAAAUCUGACAAUGGAAAACUUAAACUACUUGUGAAAAGAGACUCGAAUGAAGGUACGAUACAUAAGAUCCUGAUUAACCCGGACAUAAACUCAGAGCAGGACUUGAUCGUUGUCGGAGAAGAAAGGGGACCAAGUCCAAUCUUGAAUCCUGUACAUAGUCAAAAACAGAACGCUGCUAAGAAAGGCGGAGUUAACUCCAAUGCAGCAUCAGAUAGUGGUGAAGCGGGAGAAGACGUGGAAGAAGAGGUUGACAACAGAUCAUUUGUUCAAAAGAAUUGGAUGUAUAUUGUACCAGGAUUGCUCUUGUUGUUCAUGGGAUUAUCACCUGAGGAGGAGAAAAAGUAA